AUGCGAGCACCCCACAAAGCUUUUGACGUGGAUUUGGAGGAUGACAUUCAAGUGGCAGUGGCAUGUGCAACUGUUGCCGCCUUGGAACCGGACAUCAUUGUGUUGGAUGAAGACUGCGUCAGGAGCGCUGCAUCUAACGACCCAGUGUAUCAGCUCUUGCUUGCUAGGGUUGCAGCGGGUGAUUGGCCCCAACAGAAGUCACAAGAAAUCUCCUGCCUUCGUCCCUUCUUUGGCGUUCGGGAUAGGCUAGCCAUCAACCAGGAUCUGGUGACAUACUGGGUGGACCAAGGAUGCAUACAUUUGGUUAUCCCCGAAGAUUUACGCCGUCAGGUAGCCGCUAACCUACACGCAGGACACCAAGGCCUCGACUCUAUGCUUAGGAGGGCCAGGCAGUCAGUCUACUGGCCGGGAAUAGAAGGAGACCUUCAGCAUUGCCAUGCCCAAUGCACCUCAUGUGAUGAACACGCCCCUUCACUGCUUCCUGAAGAAAUGAUACUCACGCCGCCAGCAGAAUACCCCUUCCAGCAAGUCGUCGCAGAUAUGUUCCAAAUAGAGGGCAAUGUAUACAUGGUAUACACAGACAGACUAACUGGUUGGUUAGAAGUAGCUCACUUCCCCUGUGGUGCCACGUCCAACAAAAUAAGCAAUCACCUUCGAUCCUAUUUUUCACGUUGGGGAGCCCCAGAGCAAAUAUCGACUGACGGAGGUACAAACUGGGCCAGCGAGGAGAUGGUUGCCUUCUUCAAGAGAUGGGGAGUCAAGGUCCGUCUGUCGUCAGCCCAGUAUCCCCAGUCCAAUGGCAGGGCAGAAGCAGCUGUCAAAUCGGCAAAGAGGCUACUCCAAGAAAACAUGUCAAAAGGUGAAGCCCUCGAGUCAGACAAGAUGGCCCUGGCGAUACUCCAGUAUCUCAACACGCCUCUGAGGGAGAUCAACAAGUCGCCAUCUCAGCUUGCAACGGGUUGCCAGCUGCAUGAUGGGGUACUGAUGGCUAGAAGACACCUGUUAGUAGACAGGUAUUGGAGACGGACAAUACGUCGAAGGGAACUACAAGUGGCAAAAUCACAGGAAGCUAAGUGCACCCUUGACACCACCAGGAGACUGCCACCCAUCAAACUAGGUACCCAUGUACGCAUACAAAACCAGGCUACUAAGCAGUGGGACAGAACUUGUGUGGUAUCGGAAACUAAGCCCCAUCGUCAGUACACAGUCAAGCUCAACGGGAGCGGCAGACUCUCAAAAAGGAACAGACGCCACUUGAGAGUCAUCGCUCCGUCCCCCGGUGCCCCUGCAUCUCAGCACAACACCUCCGUGAGCCCUACGCCCAUAGAACCAGUAACCUAUUCCAUGCAGGACCCCGGCAUCGUUGGUAGGCCCAAAAGGGCUGCCGGUAGACCCAAGUGGCUCCAAGACUUCAUAUAA